GGUCCACUAGGACUCCCAGGACGGCCUGGAGAGCAGGGGAUAAAAGGAGAUACAGGACAACCUGGAAAGGAUGGUAAACCUGGGCUGCCUGGGACUCCUGGGAGUCUUGUGUCUUCUCUGGAGAACACCAGCAUCCUGAAAGGUGACAAGGGAGAUCCUGGGAAGGAUGGCUUGAAAGGCGAAAGAGGUCCUCCGGGCCCAAAGGGAGAUCCUGGUCCACCAGGCAAAGGAGUGGAAAUGAAGGAUCUGGAGAGGUUUUUUGAAGCAAAUGGCAUCAAGCUGGCACUGCUGAAGGACCUCACCAAUGCACUCCUGCAGAAUGGACUGGAAGGGCUGAUCCAGCAACUGGGCAGCUGCAGGAAAAGCAAGGCAUCCAAGAGGAAGCAGGAGGCUAAGCAAGUCCCUGACCACAGCGAUACAUUUGAUAGAUCCCGUGAUGCUGUGGCCAGCAAAGGGGUCAGCGAAGAAGCCCAAAAUCAAGCUGUGGAGACUCAGUUUGGGAUGCCGGUGUCUGGAGAGCAACUCACUAAGAGCUCAGCUGUGCCCUCGCCACACUCUGAAGAUGACCUGCAAGGUAACCAGCCCGUGGAGCUUCUUAAGCCCUUGGAGGAGAAGCUGGAAGGACAGCCAGAGCAGAAGGAAAGCAGCCAUGUACGCCCUCCCCAGCAGUGCCAGGUGAUAGACCAAUGUGGAGAUAAGUGA